AGAAACACAUCCGGGAUCUGGUAGGGGUGGAUGGGAGGGUAGAGCUGUGGUUGGUGGUGGGUGUGAUUUCAGUAUACUCAGGAAAUCUAUACUGGGUAAGGCCAAGUGAGAAACAGCUGUUUCCUGAAACCCCUAGUCUUAGGGUUUUGAUGAGGAGAAUUUUGAUGGGGUGAUUCAGCAAACGCCCUUGAAGGCUGAGAGGAGACCAGUGUACAGUCCCUCUCUGACCCCCCAUUUGUUCUCAUGAAGACGCCAUCAGCCAUGGAACAAAUCACUUGUAGUGUCUGAAAUGGUUCCUGAUUCCCCAUGAAUUUAACAGGUUUGGGUCCUUUUGGAAUCUCUACUGGGCUCCAUGGCAUUGUCGGGAGCAGGCACACUGGUGGUUUCUCUUGUCUCUAAGAUCACAGCUUCAGCAGCCAUGGCCAAAGCUGGAGGGGCAGUCUCUGGAGCAAUACUAGCUGGCUCACAGGGGCUCAACCUGUUAGCCCAGACUGCCCUGGGCUCUGGAGCAUCUGCACUUGGAUCAUCCUUGGGAGCACUGAAGGUUGGCACCAUCCUAUCGGCAUGCCCUGCCUCUGUCUUGGCUGUUUGUCCCACUGCAGCCAAGGCUACUGUUGCUGUGCUUGGGGGAGCCAUGACUGUAGCUGCUGUGCCCCCCGCGUUGAGUGCUGUGGGCUUCACAGGGACAGGAAUUGCUGCCUCCUCUCUAGCUGCUAAGAUGAUGUCCUUGUCAGCCAUUGCGAAUGGGGGUGGAGUUGCGGCUGGUGGCUUGGUGGCCACUCUGCAGUCAGUGGGAGCCGCUGGACUGUCCACGUCAUCUCAAGUCCUCUUGGGUUCUGCAGGAACUGCCCUUGUGGCCAGUGUCAUGGGCAUGUGUGGGAGUUCCAACCCUUCUCUACCCGGAGAAGAGGCUGGGAAAGCAGAGGUGACACCUCCCAGCUUGUCCAACUCAGAGAGUGGCAAGUUAACCCCAGGGGACGAUCUGUCCUCCUGUGCUCAGCAUUGUAGCCAGUGUGAUGGGCAUCUGUGAGAAUUCCAGCCCUGCUCCUCUCUGAGACUUGGAAUCAGAAGAGACACCUCCCAGCUAUUCCAACCCAGACAAGGAUCAGUUAUCUCCAGGAGACAAACAGCCAAUGGUAAAUGCCUCUUUGGAAAUAAGAAAUAAAACUAAUUGUUGUGCCAGGCA